UCGUACUCAUUCUUGAUCUGCCCAAUCACAAAUCAACAAAACAAAACAAUUUGCAUUUUUUGAAUUUAUUAAAUCGAAAAAACUGGGAUCUUUGUUUUCUGAGAUUUUCUCCUUCUAUGUUUGAACAUUGAACAUAAAAACUGUAUUUUUUUUUUAAGUUUCCAGCAAAAAAAAUUGAAACUUUAAGUGAUUGGUAUUUGAAUUUGUAUUUUUUUUUGGUGGGUUUCUUUUUCGGGAUCGUUGUCGUGGAUUUUUGUAGCAGCUUGAAGGACGAUGUCGUCGUCGCCGGACAUUGCCGGAAUUUUAGAUAAUACGAAGGAGCUUGAUCGGUUAAGGAAAGAACAAGAGGAAGUUCUUGUGGAGAUUAAUAAGAUGCAUAAGAAGCUUCAAGCUACGCCUGAGAUAGUUGAGAAGCCUGGUGAUACUUCAUUGUCAAAGCUUAAAAAUUUGUACAUUCAAGCAAAAGAGCUUUCAGAAAGUGAAGUAACCGUUUCAAACAUUCUGCUUACUCAGUUGGAUGCCCUGCUUCCAUCUGGACCAACCGGGCAACAACGCAGAAAAUUAGGCAACGAACAGAAGAGAAAGAGAAUGAAAGUAGAUUCAGAUGUAACAAGAGUUUCCCCUUCCAUGAGAAAUCAAAUCGAGGCAUAUGCCAGUCUAAAGGGUGAACAGGUUGCUGCAAGAGUCACAGCCGAGGAUGCCGAGAAGGAUGAAUGGUUUGUGGUGAAAGUUAUUCACUUCGACAGAGAAACAAAAGAAGUUGAAGUACUUGAUGAAGAACCAGGAGAUGAUGAAGAAGGAGGUGGCCAGAGGACGUAUAAACUAUCAAUGUCUUGUAUUUUACCGUUUCCAAAACGGAAUGAUCCUUCAAGCACACAAGAGUUUCUACCAGGGAAACACGUGUUAGCUGUAUAUCCAGGAACCACAGCCCUCUACAAGGCAACUGUAAUAAGUACCCCACGAAAGAGGAAAUCUGACGAGUACUUGCUAGAAUUUGAUGAUGAUGAAGAAGACGGAGCAUUACCUCAAAGAACAGUGCCAUUCCACAAAGUGGUAGCUUUACCAGAAGGCCACCGCCAGUGAUUUUAGAUGGAUACAAUGAAAUAAGAGACGAUUUCCUUAGGCCAAAGUAUAAGUUAAGAGUUGUGGCGUUUGUUUGUGAUGAUGACUUUGAAGAAUAAAAAGGUAUGUUUUGACUUUUUAUUAUUCAAUUUGUGAUAAAACUACUCUAGUUACAGUGUAACAUUUAAAUGUGUAUAUAUGUGUGGGUAUGUAUAUCAUAUUGAGAGACAAUUUUAAAAUUUUACAUUUUACAAGCUUUUGUAGUUUUCAUCCUAUAUCACAAAAGCUUGUAUUUGCAGUUAAUUCUGCAUUUGUGAUUACCAACCUUCUAUAAACUAAUAUUGUAUUCGACUUUUA